CUCUCUUUCUUUUAUAACUUUUUGGUUCCAUUUAUUAUGUUGAUUUUACUUCUUAAAAUGAUAGGAAAUUCAAGCCCUUACCUCAAAAUGCUUUUCUGAUUGUGAUAAUCGUGAUGAAUAAUACGCCUAAAUUAUCUUCUUUUACGUGUCUCCGUAAUGUAAUUUAUGGACUUUCUUUGUUGUUAAUUAGGUGUAAUUGAAAUUUGAAGGGGUAUUUGUUCUGUAGUUAUUGGGUUUACUUUUGUUUGAAGUUAUCUGUUGAAUAUAUUUCGGUUUACAAUGCAAUGCAAUUCAAACCUUAUUAUGUAUUUAUAAUGCUGUGACAAUUAAUAAAGGCGUUAAUUUACGUUUCUGUGUGCUAUAAUUUCGACUAAUUGGUGGGCUAUCUUGGUGAAUUUGAAUUGUAUGUUGGUGGCUCAUCAAGCUUCAAUUAUUUAACAAGGUGAAAUUGAAUUGCGAAACAAGAUUCUGGAUGACUGUUGGCAUUAUGUAUCCUUGUGCAAUGGGUUUUGGUUUUAAAGCUUAAUUUUCACCUUUUUUGGAUCAUUGUUGAAGUUGAGAUAAGAAUGGAUGGUAACAAAGAUGAAGCCUUAAGAUGCAUUGGUAUUGCUAAGGAGGCAAUUGUGUCAGGCAAUAAGAAGAAAGCGCUUAAGUAUAUUGGAAUUGCAUGCCGCCUUAACAGUAAACUAGAUAUCAAUGAUCUUUUGGUUGCUUGUGAAAAGCUUGAUGCCUCAACUUAUGAUCACCCUACUGAGAUUGGAGAAAAUUCGACUGAGAAACAUGUCAAAUCUGAUGAGGAGAGGAACUAUACUGAAGAACACGUGCAUUUGGUUACACAAAUUCAGAGCAUAAAGGACUAUUAUGCAAUUCUAGGUCUAGAAAAGAGCUGUUCAGUUGAGGAGAUAAGGAAGGCAUACCGGAAGCUCUCCUUGAAAGUUCAUCCUGACAAAAACAAGGCUCCGGGAUCUGAAGAGGCCUUUAAGAAAGUAUCCAAGGCAUUUAAGUGUUUGAGUGAUGAUGACUCAAGAAGGCAGUAUGAUGAGACGGGUUUGGUGGAGGAAUUUGAGUUUAAUCAGCAGCAUAAUCUUAGACGUCGGAGGAGAAGAAUGGACCACAACUUUUUUGAAGAUGAUUUUGAUGAUGAUGAGAUUAUAAGGGCAUUUUUUGGUCAGUCUGAAAUGUAUAGGACCUCUUAUGUCUACAGGUCAAGGACCAAUGUCCACCACCAGAGGGAGAAUUUAGGUUCCUCUGGGCCUAACUUAAUUCUCCUCCUUCAAAUGUUACCAUUUUUUAUCAUCUUUUUACUUGCUUAUUUUCCUUUCUCGGCGCCUCAGUACUAUUCCUUGCAGAAGAACUACUCUUAUCAGUUUAAGAAGAUGACAGAUAAAUAUGGUGUAGAAUUUUUCGUUAAAUCAGCAGAAUUCGAUAAGAAUUAUCCUCUUGGUAGUGCUGCUCGGGAGAACAUUGAAGACAAUGUUAUUAGAGAUCACAAAAGUAUGCUUGGUCGUUACUGUCAUAUAGAACUCCAGAGGCGACAAUGGAACAGGAAUUACCCAACACCUCAUUGUGACAGGCUUCAAAACUUUGGAGUAGCUUAAGGUCUGUCGACUGUGUGCAUGGAGCUAUAAGGUGGUGGUAAUUGAAGACUUGUAGUAUGCUAUGAAGGAAUAGGCCCUUCUGCUUGGUUGAUUAAGUAUGACCAGCCGUCUUAUAGUUCAGUUAUAUUGUUCACUUGAUAGCAUGUCAUAGCGCGAUUGAAACUAACAUCAACGAGGCUGCCAGCAUAGGGAAUUAUUCAGGGGUCGCAAUAUAUAGCUUCACAUUCAGAACUGCGCCUCGGCACUGUCCAUGGAGCGUCAUAUUUCAGGCCAUUAU